AUGUACCAGCACACAACGGCACGGAGAUGGUUCGGAGGGACCUUACUACUGCUCACGAUCACACUAACGAUCACUGCUGAAGCCGCUAGUCUAUCAACAGAAGAACGUCGCUCUGGAACAGAAAUCGCUGAGUCUCGGACAUUCGGACGUAUCAGACGACUGCAGGCAAUGAUCGUUCCGGUGAUGUUUUUCCUGGGCGUUAUGAAGACCCUGCUUGCCUUCCUGGUCGCUAUCAGCUUGAAAACGCUAUUCGUUGGUGUCUCCAUUCUAAUGAUCAAUAUUGGCCUAGCGAUGGCGAAGGUGAUCGCGUUCUUCAAGACGAAACACUCCCACGAGCACUACGGUGGAUACAGUUCCGGUGGCGGGUGGUCCGAUAAGAAUAUCCACGUGCAUAUUCACAACGAUGGUUACGUUCAGCAUGGGGCUGUCCCGCUAGAGUUUGAUCAUGCUCCACCAGUAGCAUCACUGCAGCAUACUGCACCCAACGUUUUCCCAAGCUAUGGUCCACCGGUUAUAAACUCCUACCAUCAAGCAGCUCAUCGAUCGCGAAGUGAUACCGUAGCUGAUCCUAUCUACGUCCCAGCAGCGGUCGAUAGGGAUGAGAAACUGUAUCCCAAAAUUCUUAUCUCCGAUCGGGACAAACUCGAUCAGAUCUACGCGCAAUGGAGGCAGUUAAAUCGAAAUGGACGAUAG